AUGGCCCAGUACACCACGAAGAGCUUUCCACCUUGUUGGCCUCCAGGUCCUGAGAGCUCUGGUGUUUGGGGCAGCAGCAUUACUGCAGGGCUCACACCUCAUGGUGGCGAGCAGAUUCGACUUAUGGGCCGGUGGAUGGGCACCUCGAACUUCUCUGGUGUCAGUUGUGAUGACGUUGCUGUUUAUGCAGACAUCAGCUCUUCUCGAGACAACGAGACUGCCACCAACUGGACUCUUGGUGCAUUUCCCACUUGCAAAGCGCUGCACCAGGAGGAGGUGAUCAAAGGUGAUGCAAAGCAGGUUCUCUUCAAUGAUGGCUCCAAUCAGGAGCUUUGUGGCUUUCAGAGUUCGAAAGUGAUCCAAAGCUUCUUGGGCGGAGGAAAAUAUGAAGCGCUGCUCAAUGCUUGGAAGUCGCAGAUUCAACUGGUGGACAGUGUGGUGCAUUGCUGUUCUAGUGAGCUUUGCCCAGGGCACUUGCCGUGCAACUUGAGUUCCUUGCCCAUCAAGUACACGGGGAAAUUCUGGGCCGCCACAGAAGGUGCCUUCGAUAUUGCGGUCUUUUGGGCUGAGUUCUUCUUGCUUGAGUACUUGAAUGGCAAUCCACAAUAUGCUCAAGGACAACUUGGCGUCUCCGAUUUGGUGGACCUUUAUCGCAUGGCCGUGGAGAACAUUGAGAUCAUGGACGAUCACUUUGCAUCCCGAAGCUUUGAGUCCACCAUGGCGUCGCACAUUCUGGGGACCUUGCUUCAAGCAGCAGAGAGGAAGCCCAUUCCUGGGCUCAGCCAUAGCCAAAACACCAAAGUUGUGUACAUGGCUGGCCACGACACGAAUUUGAUUUUGCUGCGGUUAUUGCUUGGGCUACGGUGGCAAAGCCACGGCUGGGCGCAGAAUGGAGUGGCACCUGGUGGAAUGCUGAUCUUUGAGUUGGAGCAACGGCAAGAGGGUGGCCCGGUUGUCAGCAUCUACUUUCAGGUAGCUCAGCCAGCGCAGCUGCGUGAGGGCCAGCCCUUCAGUGAACCGCAAGCACCAAGCCGUGUGCAGGUCGCCAUCACAGACUGUCCUGGUGAUCCUUUUGCAUGUCCUUUGGAUGCUUUCAAAAAGAUGGUUAUCUCCAAGUUGCGGCCGGAGUGUAUUGGAAUUCCAGCCCUCCGCGAUUUGGUGGAGAACCAUGGAGCUGGCUCCGUUCCGUGGCCUGCUCAAUAUUGGUGGACCUUUCUUCUCACAGGACUUGCUGCCUUUCUGCUUGGAGCGGCGAUCUCAUGGUUCAUAAAGAAGCGAAGGUCCUCAUCACUGUCCUCCGGAUACAGCUCCCAAGAGCUUACAAGCUGA